UUGCCCCUUUCUGAAAUCUCAAUCAAAACAAUCUUAGGCUCACUUCCACCGACAUCGAAAGGGAAUUGGCCGUUGGUAGUAGACAGAUAUCUUAGACAAGAACUAUUCGGAGACGUCGACAAGGUGCCAAAUUUUUUAAAGAGCGUCCUACGAAAGAACCAUUUAUUUCUGAGAAGAAUCGUAAAGCUCAUGUCAGGUGGGAGCAUGAACAUAUUGGUUGGAAUCGUCAGCAGUAUGGCUUAG